CCGAAAAAGGCGAGACGAAGAGAGAAUGCGAAAAGACAAAAAACGGAAAAGAUUCUGCACGAGCCAUGAGGUCUGUGGAUCCAAAAGAGGAAAGUCCCCUCAAGCAUGUAGAGGAGAGGCAGUAUGACUUCACCAUCCUCAAGGAAGAAGCAGUGUAUUCAAGAUAUCUCAGCGUGUUCAAUCGUGUCGUUGAGUACCCUGACGAUGAAGGCAAUCAAGAAACGGAAGAAAACGGCGUCGAAUGCAUCAGCUUGCCUGCAGAAGAUGCCAGGACAUCAAAGCAGCGUCAGCGGUCUGCAAAACGACGUGUUGUUGAGUUCGAUGUUGUGGGUGCAAAAACAGAGUCAUUUCAUUACUGCGUUGCAAUUCCAUUCAACUCAGAGACGAAAACGUUUACCCUCCUCCGCGAGUACGCACAGGGACCAAACGAAAUGGUAUAUGGAUUCCCAUGCGGGGGACUUUCCAAGAAGCAUACCUCUCUCGAAGACUGUGCUCGGGCAGAGCUAUCUGAAGAGCUUGGACACAACCUUGUGCCUUUGGCAAAGCCGAGGAAGACUGGGAGGAGGAAGAGGAGGAGAGAGGGGGGGGAGAAGGAAGAAGAGGAGGAGGAGAAGAAGGAGGAAAAGGAGGACAACGAAGAAGAAAAGGAGGAUGUCUGUUCACAGCGCUUACAUCUCCAUGCACUUUCGAUGAAGCUGAGAGACGCGGAGCAAGAGGAGAAGGAGAGGAAGGAGAGGAAGGAGAGGAAGGAGAGGAAGGAGAGGAAGAAGAAGAAGAGGGGAACGAGGAGGAAGCCGAGAACGAGGUAUAAGGACAAGGGAGAAUAGAAAGCACGAGUAAGAAGAGGAUGGACAGGAGGACGAGGCAGAAGGAAGACGAAGAAGAAGAGGAGGAAGAGGUACGAGCAAGAAGAAGGAUGAGGAAGAAGAAAAGGAAGAAGUGAAAGAAGAUGUGAUUGCAGUGCAGUAAGGACACAGGGAGGAGGUAGAGGAGACAAUCCAGCGUAAUCGUGACAACAAAAAACUGCAGCAAGG